CACUUCUUCAGGUUGGUUUUAUUGCUAACUUCAUUCGUUGCCGACAUUUUUAUUAGAAAGAAAGACACAUUUUUAUUCUAAUCUAUGGCAGCAAAUAAUUAUUGUGGUUUUACUUAUGGAGGAACUCAGUAUGGGACUCCAGCGGCACAAGGAUAUCCUGCAGCACAAGGUUAUGCUGUAGCUCAGGCACCGCCUACAACAUAUAGUGCACCAAGAGCUGGUUACGAUCAAGCAUAUCAAGCUGCAGCCACACAAGGUUCUUUUCCAAGUGCACCUGGGGCUCCUGCUUAUGAUUAUGGUUAUGGCAGAACCGCUCAAACUUAUGACACUUCAAAAACUUAUUACCAGCAAGCAGCCGGCACCGCUCCAGCUUAUGCCGCUCCAGCAACUAAUUACGCUCCUCCAACACCAAGCAAGACUCAUUAUUCAGCACCACCUGUAAGAAAUAUUAUACCACCGGCAACAAAAGCUACGCCUACUACAAAUCAGUCACAAACAGUUGCAAAAAGCAAUCAAAACGCAGCACCAAAACAAACGCCACCUGCAACAGGUGCUCCAGCAGCAGCUGCUGGCACAACUACAUAUUCGAAUUAUGAUGCUGCACUGUAUAGUGCAGCCACAAUGUAUGUUGCGCAACAACAAACUGGAAAACAACCAAAUCCUGGUUGGCAACAACAAUUUAAGAAGCCAGGGCAAGGUAAAGCGCGUACUAAAGCACAACCCCGACCUCAACAAUUACAUUAUUGUGAAGUUUGUAAAAUAAGUUGCGCAGGCCCUCAAACUUAUCGUGAGCACUUAGAAGGACAAAAACACAAAAAACGCGAAGCAAGUUUAAAAUUAGCGAAUACGGCUGCAACGGCUAGCCAAAACCGCGGUAACAAUUAUCAUUGCGAGUUGUGUGAUGUCACAUGUACAGGAACCGAUGCAUAUGCUGCUCAUGUAAGGGGUUCAAAACAUCAAAAAGUUGUAAAAUUACACCAAAAAUUGGGUAAGCCAAUUCCAUCUGUUGAGCCGAAGAAAAUGACAAAAAUUAACUUUGUUCCCGCGGAAGGGGGGACUGCAUCAGCAGCAAGUACACCCACUGAAGGUGUUACACAAGAGAGUACAGAGACAACUCCAAUACCUACGCAGCAGGUUGAGGUUGAAGAACGAAAAGAAGAUGAAAUAAAACCUGUUGGAAGCGAAUAUAUAGAAGAAAUUAAAGAUGAUGAGGGCAAAAUUUUAAGCUUCAAUUGCAAAUUGUGUGAGUGUAAAUUUAACGAUCCCAAUGCUAAAGAAAUGCACAUGAAAGGACGCAGACACCGACUUCAGUAUAAAAGGAAAGUACAACCAGAUCUUGUUGUUGAUUUCAAGCCAACUCCUCGGCAACGCCGACUAGCUGAAGCCAGAGCUCAAAGAGCUUUAAUGCAAGCCGAUUACUGGAAUUCUCGUCGAAGUAAUGAUGGGGGGCAUCAUGAUGGUGAAGAUGAUAAUAUGUAUUGGGAAGAGCAUAGAAGAUUUGGGGAUGAGUUUGAUUACAUGAGUUGGAUGCAACGCGGAGGAUUUCCGCGUGGGGGUCCACCACGUGGUCAUGGGCCACCUAUGCACCCAUUUUUCGGAAUGAUGCCAGGUCGAAGACCAGAAAGCUCCGAUGACCGCCAUGUUAUCGCGCAUCAUGCAGAAAUUUAUCCAAAAGAAGAAGAAUUACAAACUAUUCAGCGAAUAGUUUCUCACACAGAAAGAGCUUUAAAAUUUGUUUCCGAUGCUCUUACAGAUAAUAAAACAAACAGCAGUAUUACAAAUGGUGAAGCAAAAUCAAAUGAGGAAAGUAAAAAUGAAAGUAAGGACUCAAAUAAUAAGUCUAAGGAGGAUGGAAGAGAUAAUCAAAUGUUUUCCUUCCAAAAAGAGGCAGAAAGUACUGGAAAUGUUCGAAUUCUUAAAGGUGUAAUGAGGGUGGGUUUAUUAGCUAAAGGCCUGCUUUUGCAAGGAGAUAAUCUUGUACAAUUGGUAGUGUUAUGUGCAGAAAAACCAAAUGCUAAGCUAUUAAAACGUGUAGCCAAUGAAUUGCCAAUUAAGUUGAAAGAAAUCUCGGCGGAUCAUACAUAUAAUGUCAGUUUAGAAGAGAAAGAAGGCGCUGUAAUGGUAACUGAUGGAGUAGUUACGGUUAAAGUAUCUCUAACUUCUCCGCUAGUUAGAGAACAAGAUGCAAACAAUACUACAGCAAAUGAACAAAAUGUUCAGAAAACAGAAGAUCUUCUACCGCGCGAACCCUGUCUACAGGCACUUGCCGCAUUGAGGCAUGCAAAAUGGUUCCAGGCUAGAGCAACUGGAUUACAAUCUUGUGUAAUGGUAAUGAGAAUUUUACGUGAUUUAUGUCAGCGGGUUGGAACAUGGGCAGCUUUAAAUCAAUGGGCAAUGGAAUUGCUUGUUGAAAAAGUAAUUUCUUCAGCCAGCAUGCCGUUAAGUCCAGGAGAUUGUCUACGCCGUGUUAUGGAAGCAAUUUCAACAGGGUUUUUAAUCAAUGGACCUGGAAUAUUGGAUCCAUGUGAAAAAGAACCGCAUGACGCUUUAUCUGGUCUAACAAAACAACAAAAGGAAGAUUUGACAGUAUCCGCCCAACAAUUUUUGCGUUUUAUUGCGUUUAGACAAAUUUAUAAGGUACUUGGAAUGGAUCCCUUACCAGCACCUAAAUUUCAAUCAAGACCUUGGCGUCUUCACCGAAAACGUAAGCGUUCAGGUGAUGCUGAAAAUGAAUGUGAAGGCAAAAUUUCAAAAAAGGAUAGUAAUAAUGAAACUUCCACUGAUGUUAAAAUGGAGACAGAUGCUAAAUAAAAAUAAAUUUAGUUUUAUAGAUACUUGACAAAGAUUUUGUAGUUGAUAAGUCAUUUUAUUGUUCUAUAAUUAAUUUAUAAUUGCAAUUGGAAGAAAAAAUUUAACUGUGCAGAAAGGGAAAACUAAAUAUCAAAGCUUAUAAAACAUCAAAGAAAAUACUUGGAAAAUAAAUUAAAAAAAUUUGCAUCCUGUCAGGAAAAUAAGAAGGAUUACAAAGAAUAAUAUAAAAUAUUUUAAAACCAGGAUCAUUUAAUAUUAAAGAUUUUAGAUGCAAUAAAAAAUAUUUUAAGAACUUUCAAAUUUUAUGAAACUUUUCGGAUUUCAUCUUUUUUUUUUUUUUGUAUUAUGUUAAAAAAUAUCUUAAUGUGCAUAU